AGUAUUCUUAUAAAACAACAGUAAUAUUUUUGAUUCUGUAUAGGAAAAAAGAAAAAAAAAUCCUGUUGUUGUUAAAAAAAUCAAGUAAAUAUUAUGUUUACUGUUGUUUGUAAUUUUUUGCAAAAAAUGAAUGGUUAUUAUAAAUCACAAUUAAUUUACGAUUACGAAGCAGAAAAUAAACGUAUUCUUACAAUUAGACCAUGGCAAAUUGAGAAUUUUUUUAAAAUCAUUGACGAAGAUUUAGUUGCAUUUUUAAAAUACGAUAAAUGUUAUCGAUUAGCUGAUAAUUAUCUCAUAGCAAUGGUUUUUGUUUAUUUUAUAAGAGCAGAUCUUCCUGUUGAUGAAUAUACAGCUAUUAAUUUUCUUGUUGCUUUACAUUUAGCUUUGGCUAUGGAAGAGGACGACGAUGAUGUUCUUCAGGAUGUUCAACUUUGGUUAGAAACUGAAGAUGAAAAUUUGGACAUUUUUUGUUUACAAAAAUAUCUCUUUCGACAAAUUGGAUAUCGAGGAACAAUAUCGCGAACAUGUUGUGAAACUGUAAUGCGAAAAAUAAAUCCAAAUCACGAAAUUUGGAAGAGACAUAGACACAUAAAUCAUUCCGGUGCUGUGAGUCAAUCUAAAAGACGAAGAAUUCGUUGUCCAAGAUGUUGUUAAAGAUUUUUUUGUUUUACCAAGCGUUUAAAAAAAAUAUUUUCUAAUUGAUCUCAUUUAAAAUCGAUAACUUAUAUAAAGAGAAAUAAAAAAAAAAAAAUUCUUAUAAGAAAACUUAUUUUUCUAAAAAAGGGAGACAAUUUUCUUUAAAGUCGAAAAAAGAUAAAUAGAAAGUUUUCCGUUAUGUAUAUAUAAUAUAAUAUAUAUUACACGAUUUAUUGUUCUAUAAAAAAAAAGUACAAUAAUACAUGUGUAUUUUUAAUAUCAGAGUAAUUUUUUGAUGUAAAUACAGCAAAUGCCAUUAUUUUUCACGCAUAAUUAUUAAGUUAAAUACUACAUUCAGAAUCGUUUCAUUUUCCAAUCAUUUUUUAGUCUAAUGAAAACUCUUUAAUUUUCAUAUAUUUUUCUUAAAGAGGAAAAUAAGAACCUCUUUCUAUUUAUCAAAAAAAAAUAAGAAUAAUUUGCGAUUUCAAGACCAAAAGAAUUCCUAUUAGCUUCCCCUCUAAACAAAAGAAAUAUACACAAAAACAAAACAAAAAAAAAAUUGAAUACUUUAUGAAGCAAGUCUCAAAAAUAUUUCAAUUCGAUCAAAGUAUUUCUAAUUUAAUUAUCAUUUUGAAAAAUUUACAGUGAGACUAUUUUUUUCAAAAUAAUUUUUGUUUUUCUAAAUACUAAAAAAAAGCUUUGUCUUUUUUUCGCGAGGAAUUUUAAAUAUUAUAUAUAUAUAUAUGUAUAUGUAUAAAAAAAUAAUAUAUUAUAAAAAAAAGUAAAUCACACUGAAACAUUAUUUUGUUUCUUAAAGAAUUAAACCUGUACAUGAAUAGAAGUUAGUUUUUUUUUUUU